AUGGCACCGAAGAAAAGGACAGCAGUGAAGCCAAAGAGCGCAGUCUCGGGGACGCUCCCAAUGCCAUUCAAGAAGGCCCCAGAAGUCUUACAGCCUUUUCUGGAUUCUCUUUCUGAAAAGCAUGUCUACAUUGCUCACGUGGAUUUCAAGCCUUGGGAAUUCAAAAGGAAGAUAUUCGCCGUGCCAGUUGCAUUAAACCUGAGCAUCGCCCUGCUGUUCGCCUGGCGCGUUUGGUAUAUCGGUCCGUAUUAUCUGGACCUUUUACUAUCCUUCCUUGGAUACGCCAACGAGACCACCGUCAUUGCAGCCGAGACCCCUUGGAAGGAGCUUACAUUCACUGUCCUUCGGCGAGCCUUUAGCUUCAUGCUGGACUUUGUCCUGGCCAUCUUCGUCUGGCCGUGGCCACUCGAGUUUGUCUUUAGCCAAACACAUGGCAGCCCUGUCCGCUGGAGGUGGAACGUUGGCUUUAGAGACAGGGAAAUCUACGUCAGGCGGAGCCGGAGCUGGGACCGUAACAUCGGCGACGUGCUGGAAAACUCGGACGGUAGGAGCGUUCUCUUGUCAUAUGUCGGAGUGGCAACCUCCCCGAUGCUGCUCAACGAGAAGACGGGAUACCUCACGAUAAACGGAGAGUGGGAUCUUGACUGGGCUGCCAUGGUUCAUGCCACAACCUUGGUGGACAAGAACGUCAUUGCACUAGACGCCUUCAAGACCCUAGUGUUGAUACACAACAAGGAGUCUGGGUGGCUCUGUAUCGAUUUGAAGAUGAGUGAAAAUGCUCAGGACGAUGAACGGAGGAGGCACGUGUUCGCUUUCCGCGAUGCGCUUGCUGCUGUGGGUAAAGAGGAUUUGUUCUUUCGCUGGAUUGAGAUUGUCCAGUUCGAAUCAUCACAGCCAGGGGGCUUCGGGGCAGAAAAGCAGAUUGAGGUCGCUCAAAAGAUCAGGGAUCUAUUUCAAUCUAACGGUAUAGACUUCGACGAAUUCUGGAAAGAGAGCGUUGGCACGGAUGGCAUAUAUGGCAUGUAA